AUGAAUAUGUAUGAGAAAUAUGAAAAUAUUCUUCUAAAUUGGUUAGAUGAAGACAUAAUCGAGGAAGUUCCUACCAACGAAAUGAACUCUUAUGGUAAUUAUUUACCUCACCGUGCAGUGAUAAAACUAAGCAGCAGCACUACUCCAAUUCGUCCGGUGUUUGACGCUUCAGCGAGAUUAGCAAAUUAUCCAUCUUUGAAUCAGUGCUUGGAAUGUGGUCCUAAUCUCAUUGAGCUUAUUCCAAAUAUUCUUCUUCGAUUCAGAGAGGGACAGCUUGGCGUUAUAGCUGACAUCAGGAAAGCUUUUCUGCAAAUUAGUAUUCGUAAAGAGGAUAGAGACUUCCUUCGGUUUUUGUGGUGGGAAAAUAGAGAAGAAAAGAAAUUGAGAGUUUUUCGUCACACAAGAGUUGUUUUUGGGGUAAAAUGUAGCCCUUUUCUUUUAGCUUCAGUAAUUGAGUACCAUAUUCAAAAAUGUGAAGGAUUUGAAAAAUCUUUGAAGAAAAGACUUUUGGAGAGUUUCUACAUUGAUAAUGUCGUUACUAGUGUCGACAGUAAAGACCAAUUAGAUCGAUUCAUUGACAAUUCUAAAACCUUGAUGGCAAAAGGUGGUUUUGAUCUUAGAGAAUGGGAAUGGUCUGGCGACUGUGAAACUAAUUCAAAGGAAGAAACUCAGGUAUUAGGUCUUAUUUGGAAUAAGAAAUUAGACACUUUGAAAAUUAACAUGAAAUGGCUGGAUGGCAUUAAUGUGGAAAAAGUAACUAAAAGGAGUAUGUUAUCUACAGUACAUAAAGUAUUUGAUCCUUUUGGAUUCACUGCACCAGUGAUGCUCUGUCCGAAAAUAAUGCUACAAAAGGCAUGGACAUUAGGUACAAGUUGGGAUGAAGAAGUAACUGGUGAGCUUCGUAAAGAAUUUCUACAGUGGUUUCAAGAACUUAAGCAUUUGUCUGACAUACAGAUUCCUAGGUGUGUUCAAGCUUCUUCAAAAGAUAUAAGCAACUGCACUAUUCAUACGUUUGUUGAUGGAAGCAAAGAUGCAUAUGCUGCUGUUACAUUCCUUAGAAUAGAAAAUAAUGGUCGAAUCGAGCUAUUUCUACUUGCAGCGAAAUCUCGAGUGGCUCCUUUAAGAGGCACAACUAUCCCAAGAAUGGAACUUCUUGCGGCGGUGAUUGGAGCGAGGCUAGCGAAUUCAGUUGUUGAAGCUCUUGGUUGGAAAAAUGUUACGAUAUAUUACUGGAGUGAUUCUACAACAGUGCUUGCAUGGAUAUUACGAGAAGAAAAUUGGUCUGUCUUCGUUAGGAACAGAGUCCAAGAGAUAAGGAAGUUGAGUAAUCCUACAUCAUGGAGACACAUACCUGGUGAUAAGAAUCCGGCAGAUUUACCUUCCAGGGGCUGCAAGGCAAAACAUCUAGUCUCCCUAAGAUGGUGGGAGGGUCCACAAUGGAUGAAAAAUGCUUUUGAAUUUCAAAACAUUAUGGGUUCCACCAACCAUGAUUGGAAUGAAGAAGAGAUUAGAAAGGAAAAGUCUAAGACGACUUUUAUAUUAUCAAAUAAUGAAGCCUGUGGUGUUGCAAACUGGUACUACAGAUAUUUUUCGAACUAUGAUAGAAUAGUUCGUCUUGUUGCAUGGAUCCUCCGCUUCAUGAACAACUGCAAAAAUAUAACUGAGAAGAAGCAUGAGGAAGAUGCACAACAAUAUACUGCGAUAAUGGCUCCAAUUUUGUUGGAGCAGCCAACUAUUUAA